AUGCGCGUUCCCCUCCGCCGUGCUUCUAGAAUGACGUCGACAGAGGUUCGCGUCAGUGCCGACAACGAGUGGACGCCGCUCAAGUCCGUCAUCGUCGGCCGGGCAGAGCACUCGUGCUAUCCCAGCGAGCCACGACACCUGACCAGCGCGUAUGUACCGCGCGAGUUUCUGGACCGCUUCCGGCCGUACCACCCCUUCUCGGCGGAGGUUGUGGAAAGGGCGCAGCAGGAGCUAGACACCUUUGCCGAGGUGCUGCGACAGCACGGCGUGACCGUGUACCGGCCAGACGAGGUGGACUGGCUCAAGCACGGCGGGUACACGGGCGCGAUGCCGCGCGACCGGCUGCUGACGGUGGGCAACAUGCUCAUCGAGUCCAUCCCCGCAUGGGGCUGCCGGCAGCGCGAGGUCGAGCUGGCGUACAGCACCAUCCUCAGCGGCCUACAGCACCCCGAGGGGGCGAGCUGGCGCGUGUUUCGGCAGCCGGUGCUUCACGGGCACGACACCAUCUACGACGGCAAGGAGGAGGAAACGUUUGACCCCCAGCACGACUGGGCCAUUAGCAACAACCGGCCGGCCUUUGACGCGGCCGACUUUAUGCGCUUCGGCAAGCACAUUGUCGGGCAAAUCAGCCACGUUACCAACCAGAAGGGCAUCGACUACCUGCGCGCAGUGCUGCCCGAGGGCUACACGGUCGAGCUCAUCAAGCCAACUUACGGGAGCGUGGUGCACAUUGACACGACUCUUCUGGCACUGCGCAAGGGUUUGCUCGUGUACAACCCGAGCCACAUUGGCGAAGAGGCGCUGCGCGGGCUCAAGGCGUUUGAGGGAUGGGAGCUGCACGCCUACCCAUACACGCCGCCGGUUAUCGGCCCGCCCACUGGCGGCCCGGAUCAGCCGAUAGCAUCGCGCUGGCUGGCGCUCAACGUGCUGAGCCUGGACGAGAAGACUGUUUUCGUCGAGGCCAAAUCGGUCGAGUUUGCGCAGUGGAUCAAGGAAAAGUUUGACAUCAACUCCAUCAUGCUGCCGUUUCAGCACGUGAAUAGCAUUGGUGGUUCGUUUCACUGCGCGACGGUUGACUUGGUGCGAGAAUAA